UACUGAUCCUGAUCGGCAGCGCUGUGGAGCUGAGUAAUUUCGUUCGACAUGAAGGUCUUGAUUGUUCUCUCUGCCAUCCUGGCUUGCGCCUUCGCCGGUUCGCCGCUGUUCUACUACGCCAGGUUGGUGCCCGGUGCUCCGAUCGGUCCGGACGGUCGGGUGGUCGACACCCCGGAAGUCGCGUUGGCCAAGGCCGAGCACGCGGCCGCUCACGUCAACGAGAAGAUUAAUUUGGCCGCGGAAGCCGUUAAGUCGGCCGACCAGCACGUGCUCGCUUACGUCGCGUCGUCCGACGCGGCCCUGGUUGGUAGCGCGCAGCUGGUGCAACCGAUCGCGGUGACGACGAAACUGGUCCCCGGCGCACCGAUCGGGCCCGACGGCCGCGUCGUCGACACGCCGGAAGUGGCCCUCGCCAAGGCGGAACACGCGGCGGCUCACAUCAACGAGAAGCUCGGCCUCGAAGCCGUGAGAUCGGUCUACUACGAUCAGCCGGUUGUCCUGGACCGCAGCGCGCCGCUCGUUCAGUACUAUCUUCGUUAAUACACACGAGCGUGCCAUCCACAUUAAAGUGUAAAUAUAUCUGGACCACCUGCGCGCCGUAAUCCGGCAGAGUUAUUUCGAUUACCUCUUUUUCUUAUAAAUUCAAGUCACAUCAGGAACUUCAAAUGUUUUCAUAUUAUAGGAUAGCUGCAAAUUUUAAUAUUACCAUAAUGUUUAAUUUCCUUUUUUAUACUCAUACUGUUACAGAGUUAAUUAUUACUACAAGCAAAUAUCUUUUUUUAAGUUUCAAGUAAGAAUUGAAAGUUGCGUAGAAAUCUACGUUGGUCUGUAAGGAUGCAGUCUGUAGUUAGCAAUAUGUGCUAGCCGGAAUGCGUUCUAACAGGCGCGCCU